CUUCUGCUGCCCAGGCAGCUGGGCUUCAGGACUUUGGUUUCUUUCGUGUUUCGGUUCUGAACGGAGCGUUUUAGGGUCCAAAGAACAGAGAUCUUCUCCUUAAGACAUAAUAAUAAUUGCUAUUAUAAAUGUUUUGUUGUCCUUAUUAAAACAAAUCAACACAAAACGGUGAAUUCUGAUCCCAUUUGUUUAACUGUGGCAAUAGAAGGAGCUAGAAUCAAUUGAACUAAUGUUUUACUUCACUUAUUUAAAUUCAGAGUUCCAAAAGUCUGCCAGAGUGGUUUUAUUGUAGCUGGGAUGGUUUAAUGUUCUCAUUUUCCUGAUUAUUGGUUAAAUGUUGCCAGGUUGGUUUUACCGUUCCAUAUUGGUCCAGCGUUGCCAGGUUGGUGUGAUUGUCACUAGGUUGAUUUAACGUUGCCAAGAUGUUCUAAUUUUGCUUGGUUGUGUGUUGCCAGAUUGGCGUAGUUUGUUUAUUUUUCCCUGAUUCAUUUAGCGUUGCCAGUUUUUUGUUUUUAAUUUAUUUUAUUUUUUUGUUGUUGCAAGGUUGCUUUCUUCGUCAGCAGAUUGGUUUAUUGUUGCCAAGUUGUUGUGUGUGUGUGUUUUUUUUUUCUUUCUCAAUUUAACCACAAAAUUGAUUUUAUAAUCAUCAGGUUUGUGUUAUUGUAGCCGGGUUGGUUCAACGUUGCCAAGUUAGUUUAAUGUUGCCUGGUUAGUUGAGUGUUGCAAGAUUGGUUUUAUUGUUCCAGGUUUGUUCAGCGUUGCCAGGUUGGAUAAAUGUUGCCAAGUUGGUCCAAUUUUUCCUGGUUGGUUGAGUGUUGCCAGGGUCCCCAGGUUGGGGUUGUGGACCUGACCCGGCCUGGCCCGGUGGCAGUGGAAUGUACGGCGGACGCAGACGAAGCGCGGUGUCUGACAGCGGCGACACUGGUAUCGGUACUCUGUGCUCGGACAGUUUGGAAGACGACUCUGGUUCUGGUACCACCCCCCCGUCCCUCCAUCUGUCUUUGCUUCCUCACUCUAUCCGGGAUGACGACACUGUCCCUGUCGUCGCCAUCACUCCGUCCUCGUCCUUCUCACCUGGAAGUGGCUGCAGAACCCCAGCUUCACCCCACAGCGCUGGACGCUGGACCCAGUCCUGGUACUCUCCAAAAGCCAGGAGUUCUCAGAUGGGGGCGCCAAGUUGUCUGGACCUGAAGGACCCCCAGCCUAUCAGGAGGUGGUCCUCGUUUACAAAGCUGUCAUCAGGAUCGGAGAAGAACUCCACCAGAACAUCCAGCUUCCAGUACAACGCGGAUGCUCAAGGCUCUCUGGACAGAGGUCUGCAGUACGGGUCCAGGAAGGCCUGCAGGAGCACCAGCAUGGACUUCUAUCUGCCUUUGUCUUCCAUCUCAACGUGCAGCACCACACUGCAGCGAUCACCAGGUGCCAGUCCCAGUUCCUGGUACCAGCACAGCAGUAGAUCUCUGGGUCUGGACAUGGACCGGUUCCCGUCCUCAGCUCACUCCUCUCCACUCAAACAGAGCAGUCUGGACGUGAAGUACGCUCCAUCAACUGAGCCGAACAUGGCCCGCGGAGGAGGACACGGGUUUGGACUGAGCUUUUCCAAGUCGGCAGAACGUUCUCUGGUCCAGAAAGGGGAGAGAACCUCCCCGAUUCAGCCGGCUGUUCGGACGCAGAUGUGGCUGACGGAGCAGAUGGAGUACAGGCCCAAGUCAGAGCCCGGCUCAGACGCAGACGAGCUGUCGCCAUGGCAACAAGGACUCAACCAGACGUUGAUGGAGACCUCACUUCCUGUCCACACUCUGGUGAAGGUGAAAGAAGAGGUGCUGCGGCAGAGGGAGCUGGAGAUCCUCAGGCAGAAGCAGCAGAUCCUGCAGCUGCACAUCCGGAUCAGAGAGAAUGAGCUCAGAGCUCAGCAGCUACUUCAGAACCACAGAGGCUGGUCUGAUGACCCCCUGAGCCGAAACGCAGAGGAGUCACCAGCCAGGACACUCUGCAAGCAGCCGACGGAUUGGUCGUGCUGCCAUGAAGAAGUUGGGAGGAAACUGGCGUUGGCAGAACUUGAAGUCCUCCACUUGAACAAGUUCUUCAAGCAGGUCACCCAAAAAUACACAGAAGACAUGAGGAAGCUGGAGGAGAAGGUGAAGACGAGGGAUCGCUACAUCUGCAGCCUGAAGAAGAAGUGUCAGAGGGAGAGCGAGCAGAACCGAGAGAAGCAGCAGCGCAUCGAGACGCUGGAGAGAUACCUGUCCGAGCUGCCCACUGUGGAACAGGUUCAUGAGCGCGCCCAGCAGCAGGAGGAUCUGCAUCAGAAAGCCCAGGAUCUGGAGAAGACCGUUUCAAAGCUCCAGAAGAACCUGGAAGAGCGCCACACGUUGAUGAAGGAGAAGGAUAUCGUGAUUGAGUCACAGGCCAAGAGAGAGGAGGAGCUGAUUGCAUCUGUAAUCAGCCUGCAGAGUAAGGUGCAGCAGUGCUUCAGUGAUGGUGUUAGGUUGCCUGUGCAGGACCUGAAGCAGUUGGAGGUGGAGAACUCCCAGCUCCUGCAGCAGCGGAAUCACAGCAGUCAGAUUUUUAGGCAUCAGAAAGAAGAGAUCGAGAGGCUGAGUCUACUGUUCAUGGCCGCCAGAGCCAGGCUCCAGGAGAAACGAGGCGUUUCCCAUCAACAGCAGUCACACCCAUCAGAGGAAGAAGAGGACAGCCGAGCUCCUCCGUCCAGAGCCGCCCUACAGAACCAAAAAGAAGACCUGUCUCUGUGUGUGCCAUCUGGUCGGGGCAAGUCUGAAGUGGACCAACUGUUGAAGGAGAUGUCGUUGUGUUUAAUGGACCUUCAGGCUCUGUGCAAAAUCUUGGCUCAGAGAGCUCAGGGCAAAGAACCCAACCUGUCUUUACUUCUUGGCAUAAAGUCUGAGGAGACCGACUGCAGGGUGGAGGAGGAAGAGGAGGUCAGUGUCAAACUGCUUGAGGUCUGCCGACUGAGGAAAGACAUCGAUGAUCUGAGAAGAAACAUCUCUGAGCGCUAUGACCAUUUCUUGGGUAAUGGAAGACCCCCACCACACUGAUAUGUGACCAAACGAUGGACUUAGAUGACUGAAAUCAACAAACUUUGCAGACAAAUCGUCGUUCCAGAUAUAAAUGUGACUUUUGAGAGUUUUUUCCAUUGUCUCGGUGGACUAUGAAGUAUCGUUCCACUGUUACCAUCAUCUCUUCUUGAUUGAACUGAGUCUGUUCAGAUCCUCUUACAGCUGCUGUUCCUGGUGGGAUCUGUUUGUUCAAAUGUUUAUAAAACAAAAUAUUCAGGUCCACUUUUAUGCAGAUGACACCCAGCUCUCCAAACCCCAUUUGGAUUACUUUACCCUUUGUACUCUCAAGGGUUUCCAGAACCGAUGAACAGAAGUUAUUCGUUUUCAGUCAAUCAAAUCAGUUCUUCCUCUGGUGUUUGGAGUCUACUAGACUCUUUCAGCAGCUCUCGAUUUUUCAGUGGAUAUUACCUGUUGCUUACUUCCAUCUUGACAGCAAUAACUUUCUCCGUCCGUUGACAAUCAACACCUCAGCAGGUCUGUUAUUUUCUGCUGAAUUUCUUUCUUUGCACAUGCAGUCUCAACCCCCUCAUCUCCUCCUAAAAAAGUAUAGGAUAUAGUUUUGCUUGAUCCAAAAAAAAUGAAACAGAGUUUGUUGUAUGUGGUGGAAUGCAUGUUAGCAUGUUUGGCUGGUCCAAGCACAAAUCCACACAAAGUUAAUCAUUGUUCGUCUCAGCAUGUGCAUAGAUCCUUGGUCAGGUAAUGUUUUAGAAAUACCUCUUGACUUGAUUUUGAGGCAGGUUUCAAAUCAAAAGUAUUCUGUCAGUUCAUCAAGUAACAACCACUAGGUAGUUUAUCACAGAAGCAUGUAAGUCCCUAUGUAAUUUGAGGUGAAACAGCCCAACUUGGCUACGGCUACAAACACGUACAGUCUGAUUUCAAAAAGAUCUUCAUCUUUACGGUUAGAAUUAAAAUCCAUUGUAGAUAAAAUCUUACAUUUCAAGCUAAAAUUGUUCUCUGAGUCUUUUUAAAUUUCAUGCAAAAGUUGAAAUUUCAGUUCUAAAUGGUGUUUGUUACUGGGUGUGUUCCAACAACUGUCAGACUGGUUUAUCCUGUCUAUUUGCUAAAAGGGUGAGAAAAAAUGUAAAACCCUUCAAAUCCAUCCAAAAAAAAAGGCAAGUUAUUCCACCACACUCACUCCUACUCAUUGUUCCUGCAUAUCUGAAACUUUUCCAGAUGCUGCUCCUCAGUCACAACCGUCCACCCUUCAUCGCCAUUCCUUAAAAAUCCUCUCUGAUCAUAUUUUCAUCCAGUGGUCUUUUAGUUAUUAUGCCAUUUUUAGCCAAAAUCCUUUUCUAGGGCAUAGUUUCUGCAGAGAAAUUGACCUCUGAGUAGUGUUUAUCCGUACUAUCAGUACGGAUAAACACCGCCCCCUUCCCUCCCCGUUGCUAAUAGCUCUCUGUUUCCACUCUCUCCCACUAGCUUACAGCCCCCCAAGCCUAACAUUACCAAUACAACAAAAAUCGCGAGCAAUAUUGGAGCAAUCCAGCCGUACAGUUUUGAGCCAUCGGAAAAAUACCCCAAGAACAUGAUAAAAACACCAAAAACACAGUCUUCAUCUGAGUGGGUCUUGUCUGAUUCCUAUAUUUGCUAUAGGGUAUCAGUAGAACAUAGCAGUGGUUGUCUUAUUUCUGCAGUACUUACUGGGCUGCUGAAGCCGACCCAACUACUGUUGGGCGAUCUGUCAAAGGGAUUUUUCUACAUUUUCAUAGUUUUGUCUUAAUCUAAAAAUUAUUACCACAAAGUAUUAUCCUGACAGUGUUUCUUUUUUAUUGUUUUACUUUAUUUAAGAAGUGCUUUGUACAUCUACAUGUAACAAGUAUUAUUUUUAUUUUACAUGAAACGACUGACUUUAUUUUGCUUCUUAACCAAAAAGUUUGAUUAUGUUCAAGUCUUAAUUUUGAAAUGUUUGUUUUUGUUGCUAAUGUUUUAUGCAAAAAUCUAAUGCAACUGUUUGUCUGUAGGCCUAAAUCGAUCCACUUAAAAAGAUUUGACUUGUGCAGACACAGGUGCUACUUACUUAACACCUUUUUAUUUUCUGUUCUCCAGUACAAAUUUGUCAUUAUUUUUAGUAUAUUUGAUCUCUGUUGAUCCAGAAAACAGAACAGGGUUAGAAGUCCCAACUAUAGAAAAUUAUAAAUUACUCAAUUUUUCAAGACAAUCUAUGAAAUUGACCUUAAGUGGAAUUUAAGACAAUAUAAUUUGUUUUUUGCUAAUUAAACUCAUAGAAAAUUAUUCAGUGGGAAUUAUGUCUUAGAGGGAAACUGACAGGAAAUGUGUUGUCAGGCCAUUUUUAUGGGUCAGGUACUUUGUCAAAUUUACCAUAAAAUGUAUUAUAACUGUUUUACUGUAUCAGUUUUUUAUCAUUAUCAGAAUAAAAACUAAAUCAGGACA